ACGAGCGGAUACGCAAUACUUGGCGUGACGUCAGGGAGGCAACAUGGCGACCACCGGCGCAGCGGCGAUGGAUGAAACGAUGCGAUAUGCCGAAUAUUCCCCUAAAACAAAUGUUAGGAAUGACGCAGAGAUAGACAGACGGCUGGGAGGGACUCUGAUCGCAGUCGGCCUUGGUGUUGCUGCUGCGGGUUUUGCAGGCCGUUAUGCUUUCCAGCUGUGGAAGCCCCUGGGGCAGGCUUUCUCUGAAACGGUCAAGAAGAUGCCCUCAGCAGGAUUCUCGUCUUAUUACAAAGGAGGUUUUGAGCAGAAGAUGUCGAGGCGAGAGGCAGGCCUCAUUCUGGGCGUCAGCCCAGCUGCCACAAAGACCAAAGUACGUGAGGCACAUCGGAGGAUCAUGGUCCUAAAUCAUCCAGAUAAAGGCGGCUCUCCAUAUCUCGCUGCAAAGAUCAACGAGGCUAAAGACUUGAUGGAAAAGGAGACUCGGCGAUGACGCUGUGGAUCAGCCUUUCAGCUCAUUAUUUCUGCUGCAUCAACAUUCACGUCAGCACCACCUGACAGGACAUCCUCUGAUUUUCACAGAAAACAAACUAGAGGCUAUAAGUAAAGCAGAAGUAAAGACACUGCUUUUUUAGUUAUUGAAAUGAAGUGUUAAAAGGAAAUAAACGGGCUGGAGAAGAUGUAACGUCACCUUCUAGCGGUUGCUGACUAAAAUGCUGCUGCGCUAGUCUAUAUUUUUGUUUAUAGCGUUUUAAUUUGAAUGUACAUAUAUUGGUAUGUAAAGAUGUACUUAAAAAAACACUGGAGUGAGAAAUGUGUGUUUGUACAACAAAGCUGAAUAUAUGGAGGUAGUAAAUAGUCUUCACUUAACACACUGGGUGUUUGAAUGAGCAACUUGCUUGAUAUGAGAUCAGAUUUUAACAAAAUGUUUGUCAAAAAAACCCUAAUUUAAAGUGUUGAGUUGAAGGAUUUAAAGAACUGGAAUGCUACUUAAUGUAGCAUCAUUAAUCUUGAAAUCUCUACUCAAUGAUAUCCUUGUGGCAGUUUUCAAAUUUGUGUGAAUAAAUCCUGAAACGAAACAAGCAGAGGCAAAGUGAUACAUAAAUAUGGUCUAUAGGCUUUUCUUAUAUUGUAAAAGCUUUUUUCUAGGUUUUGAAAACAUAGUUAUAAUGUAAAGAGCUUAAUUAGCCAAAGUAAAAAUAAAUUCACAAUCUUAGGCUUAGGAGAAAAAUAAAAAUGCAAAAUAUGCAACAGUCCAAACAGACACAGUUAGGGUGACAGCUAAAGCUAUUUAUAUUUGAGUUGAAAAGGUACAGGGCUUAGGUAAGGUAGAAAAAUUAAGUUCUUCAUUUAAUGCAACAAGUUUAACAAAAAUCUUUUUUUUUGCCCAUUUAAAUUCAUAUCUGCCAACCACAAGAGUUCAGCCAGCUGUCACUAAAAUGAGCUGUUUGUUGAAAGAAGUUGCAUUGUCAGGAAGGCCGACUCACACUUAUACAGUGUGUUGAGCCCAUAACACGGCUUUUCAUUGUUAUUAAUGAUUUACUGCUUUGUGCAUUUUUAGCAUUCCUCCGAAAUAAAAAAAAAGACU